AUGAUGAACCGGUUCCGCAAGAAUAAGAAGGCCAAGGAGGUCAAGGAGAUCUCGGCCUCGGACGACCUGGAGAAUGGCCCAUCUCCGUUACCAUUCAGCUUGAAGCUAUCAAAGAAAAAAGAUGUACCAGAGGAAGAACCAAAGCUCCAACUAGCCGACGCCCUACCUUCCUCAGAUGAUUUCCGCACCAGUCUACUUAUGCCAAAGCUCUCUGCCCGAUUCAGCAUGCUACGAGAGCAAGACGAUCCAGCCUCAUUGAUCGGCAAGGCUAGCGAUGAUAGCGUCCUUUUCCCCAAACGAGCAUCUCGUUUGAAUCUAUUCGGCCACGCCCCCGCAAUGUUGACAGACAUCGACGAACUUUCUUCCAAUGAUGGCAGUCGGCCUUCCCUUGCCCUGGGCCGCACUGACUCAUACGCAUCUGGCGGUGAUGCAGGUUACGGCACAGACGAUGACCGAUCACAUGGUGGGAGUAUCAUGAGCCGAGCUCGACGAGCAGAUGGCAACAACCUAUUUGGAGGUCGUCAAAAGGUGUACCGAAUUCCUGUUCGCUCACCAGGUGGACCAUCUUCACCUGCUUCUGAAACCCAGCGAGGAAUGGGCAAAGCAGUUUAUGAACAUGAUCUUAAUAUGUCUGCUUUCCAACGCAUGAGGCUUCAACAGAAGCAACAACAGCAGGGAUUUACCGAGGAACUGAACCUCGAUAUUGCAACACCAGAUUCCGAGGAUACCCCCUCUGUCUCAUCCGCAAACCGUACGACAUUCUCAUCGACAGCAUCUGGACCAACGGCCAACGCUCGUUCUUCAACUGCGGCUACUUCUAUCGACGAGUCACACUUCAAUCCAUCCCAAUCACAACCCUCAGAGUCCCCGGCUGAUGUUCGACCACCCUUUCCCCUUAUGAACCCACGCCCUGGCUCAGUUCGAUCCCGCCGCCUUUAUGGCCAAGGUCUGACUCAGAACGUGCAAAGCCAACAAAACUCAACAUUGCACCGAUUGGAAAGUUUAAGCCGUCAACGAUCCGGUACCCCAGACCUGUUGAACCGCAACUACUCAAGGAGCGCUUCCAACCUCCGUGACCGACUACAGAAGCUUGCUAUCAACGAGCCUACUGCUUCUCGACCUACAAGCCCUCCUUCAUCUGCUACGUCGCCGAAGCAAUUGUACCACCCGGAACCUGCACCCAAGGAUCAUGUUUCUCCGACAGCCUCCAACUUCGGCGCACCCCCUCUGAGCCCGCCUUCAAGCGAGACAGGUGAUGGAAAUUCAUUGUUGGCCGCGGCACUGAGCCCAGAGGAUCGUGGAAAAGCAACUGCGAUGGGUCUUUUCAACAGGCCCGCUACAGGUUUUGAUGAACAGCAAUUUGUUCGUCGACAGCUGCAGAUGCAUCAGGGACGAGAGACACCACCACCUCGUCGACCUUCUUCUCCUCGCCGCAUGAUGUCCCAGGAACAGCCAACUCGUCCACGUGGACUUUCAAAAUCAAGCUACCGUUCCCGAGCCGAGUCUGCCUCCUCACACUACAGCAGUGAUGCACACCAUGGAUUAGAGCACUCCAGAGCAUCCAGCGUGGAGGCAUCUCCCCGCAUUCCUGGUGCUCGAACAUUUUACGCGGCAUCGACCGAUGACUCAGGCGAUGAGAGAGAUGAUCAUCAAUCAUAUGAAGUGUCUUCUAUCACAUCUCAAGCUACGGAUUAUGGCCCGCCACUGCACCAGUGUAAUAAUGUUUCUAAACCGCCUACACCAACCGGUGAGCACCACUUGGAGAGCUUGCCCGAAGUACGAUACUCUGAUCUUGGUGAUCUCAAGCCAAUCGAAGAGAAUGAGAUCCCAGAGGAGGACCAGCCUCUUGAUAUCACUGGCUCUGUGACCCCGGAGAGACCAGACUCGCCAACAAUCCAAGCAUCUGAAGUCGUUCACAAUGAUUUCCAGACUCGCCUUCGGUCUGCAAGCGAGCAAUCAUCUGACAUUCCUCCAUCGCCUCUCAGACUUCCUGUGGCCAUCUUGGAGCCGAAGAAACACGAGCCUGAGAUCUCAGUUGUUGAGGUCCAGCCUAGUCCUACAUCAGAGGACCACCUUCGCGUAGAUACCGUUGGUGAAUCGACCGAGCCAGAAACCUCAAGCAAUCGCGAUUCAUCCCGCCAGUCUGGCGAGGUAAUGACUAGCCGUGGCAGCGAGGACUCUUCAAAUUCCUCAGACACUGGUCUGUCUGGAAGAAAUGUACCCACUUGGGAGCAAGAAUUGUCCUACCAUCACCGCCGCGACGGCAGCACAGAGACCCAGAGAGAACGCGAAGAGUUUGCUAUGGAGAUUGCAGAACGCCGCAGAAAGAUCCAGGAGAAGCUACGAAGUGUCGCAGAAAGCGAGAGUCGUUCUAGUAGCCCUACACCGAGCCAGCAUACUCCCGACUCGAAUGUCAAGACUGGCAACGCCUUUUCUCUUCUGAAGCACAAGUCCAACAAACAAGGAGUCUCAAAGGCAGACCUAUACGGUUUCAACAGCUCUUCCACUCCUUCCCUUGUGCCAGAUGACUUGGUGCCCCGCGACGACCGUCCCUCCGUGUUCAGCCGCCACUCCAACUCCAGCGUGCCCCAAAUAUCAUCAGAGCGAUCCUUCCGAUCCCGCAUGCCAACUCUCAGCCGCAGCGCAUCUCGAGAGUCAAGCCAUAGCCGUGGCACAUCUCCACAGCCAGGAUACCGGGCACCAAGAGACCGAUCCGGCUCCGAUGCCUCCGGCCGCUCCAAAAGCCGAACCAGAUACCGAGACCGAGACGAUCUCGAAACUGUCGAAGAGGGCGCAGUAAUCGCGCACGAGAACUUCGUCGCCCCAGAAAACUUUGAGCCAUACAUUCCACCCUCAGUCCCUGGUUCCGCACGCCCAUCACUAGAAGGCGACUCAAACUCCGUCCCAUUCGAUCGAUCUACCUCCGCAGCUUCAGGCCGGUACCGAAGCGCAAGUAGAUCAGGAACCCCCAGCUUCCAAUACGAGCGCCCAUUCCAGUUCAACCAGGCCCAGGCACCUGCUUCAUCAUCCAUGAUUGGAGCUUCUCCACGUCCUUCCCCCGCUACACCCGCAUACUCUGCCAACGCAACUCCUCCUCUAAAUGAGGACGCAUCCCCAACAACAAGCCUUUCUUCAUCUUCCGCGGCAAGCUCGCAGGCUCUCCCCCAACGUGCCCCAGGGCACAACCUGCUCCACAAGCGCGCAGUGAACAAGAAGAUCAUUUCCGAACCAACAUUCGUCUCUUGCACCUCCAACGUUCCCACCGUUGGUCUUCAAAAUGGCGCCGCAGCCCCGCCUCCACUCCCACCCAUGAACCCCCGUCGCCGCCGCGGCACACAGACAAUUCUCUCAGCGUUCAAGCCUGACUCAUCCCGCGUCUCGUCCCCAGCACCCAGUAUCUCCGAUGAGACUAGUGCAUUCGCCUUCGACGAUGAGAAGCGCCCUCGCUCCCGCAGCCGUCUUCGCAAGAAAUCAAUUGAGGGAGGUGAUCGUGAGCGGGUAGCUAUGAGUCCCCCACCAGCUCUACCUGUACCGCAUUAUCCUCCUCCCGCGAUACCUGUGAAUGGUGGCAUGUUCUAA